CCACACACAGCUGCGCUAUCUCCCCGGUGCAUUGCCCAACUACAUCUACCUCUUACUCGUUGCCCACGCCGUCGUCCCAGAAAUGCAGCCGCAGACCGUCUGCGCCAUGCCCGAGUCCGACCUGGACUUGGUCGUGGUCAUCCACGCCGCUCACGAGUUCAUCCCGAAUGCCCAGACACUCUGGAGGCCGAAGACCCUCCGGACAGCCAGAGUCGUCUCCACUCGAUGGGUGCGAGCGCACCGAAGGCCAUCAAGAAGGUGUAAGUCGGCCCUCGACUUGAACGACAGGGGCGCCUCGCCGAUGAGUAUGGUCUCGUGUAGAUCGCGAAGCGCUAGGGACGACAUUUUUCCCUGCUGGGAUUAUGUCUAUGCCGAUCAGCAGGGGACUGCACGCAUGGGAUGCUGCAGCCGAUCAGCCCGCCGUUGUGUCUUAACAGUCAGAUGCAGAGGCAACCUACCCUCGGAUCCCGGAGCCCUGGAAAUGGAGCUCUCCAGCGAAACAGACCCUUGCUAUUCCGCCGCGAUGAUAUCUAGGGACAAGUCGUGUUCCCAAAGCGCGUGGUCCUAAUACAGUGCCUGUAUCAGGCAUAUCUAUACCAACGAUAUCAAUAUCAGGUAUAUCACCGCUGUCAGUCGGGUAUACCGACGUUGUCAGUAUCAGGUAUACACAUCGACGAUGCUAGGAAUGUAUCGUUCGUGGUAUCAAGCAUAUCGAUGCUGUCAAAAAGAUGACUGCACAUUGUUCUUCUGCUGGUCGGGAACG